UAGGUCGCGGCCAGAAUAGCGGUAUUUCGCGUGCCAAUUUCGCGAAAGGAAGUGACCGUCUAGUCGCGUAUACGCGCGGUUUAUUGAACUCUGUUUGUGGGGGAUAUUAUGGUCGAGGAAGGGAUGAAAAACUGCCAUAUCACUGGUGGCUGUCCUCUCCAUUAAAAUGGCGCAAUCGCAGCAGUUCUGCCUGCGAUGGAACAACCACAGGACGAAUCUGGUGUCGGUAUUCGACGAACUGCUCCAGAACGAGGCCUUCACCGACGUCACGUUGGCCUGCGAUGGCGGCAGCCCCAUCAAGGCCCACAGGAUGGUCCUGGCCGCCUGCUCCCCCUAUUUCCAGAAUCUUUUCACCGACUUACCGUGUAAACAUCCUGUGGUAGUCCUAAAGGACGUGAAGUACUCAGAAAUCAAGGCCAUCCUAGAGUACAUGUACCGGGGCGAAGUGAACGUAGCUCAAGACCAGCUGGCUGCUUUACUUAAGGUCGCCGAGGCUUUAAAAGUGAAAGGACUUGUCGAGGAAAAUAGGGCUUGCAAGACAGAAUUGGAUGAUACUCCUCCCUUGGAUCAUUCGCCCUCGAUAUCGACCUCUAAUCAAGUGCACUGCAGCAGUACGAACAGCUCCCCGUCCCACUCCAACAGCUCCCUGUACAAGAACCCCUACAGCCCAUGCAAUGACAGGAAGUCAAUGGAGGCCAGGAUGAAUUUGCCUGCCAUGUGGGCCUUGCCUACUAUACCCUUGCCACCUCAUACUGCAGCUGGGCCAACUCAGACUCACCCUCAUCCGGCCAUAGCGAUGCACAGUGCUGCCUACGAAUCAGCCGGCUCAGACAUGUCCUUCAAACGUAAAAAGCUCAGCGGUAUGAUGCCACUACAACGUGAUACGCCCAUUUUAAGAACUGUCCUAGGACAAGGACAAGUGGACUCCACCCAACCCGUUAGCUUAGUGUGUCAUCCUGAUAGUGCCGAGAUGCCCGAGAGAGACGAAAGGAUUAAGCAUAUGAAAAACGAACCCUCCGAAGACGCCCAGUCCCCGUACACGGACUUCACCGAGCGCGUAACGGACGAAGAAGAAAAAUCCAAGUUGGCCAUACCCUCGUCCUCGCCUCAAUCUUUCGGUCAAGACAUGCGCCCCGGUAUUGCCACCUACGUGCCCUCCCAAAAGCCAGAAUGGAAACGUUAUAAGCAGUAUACGAGGGAUGACAUAAUGUCCGCCAUUGCGGCCGUUAAGAAUGGAAUGUCCGCCCUGCAAGCUGCCAGGAAGUACGGGGUGCCCUCCAGAACCCUUUACGAUAAAGUGAAGAAAAUGGGAAUCACCACCAACAGGCCGUUCAAACGGAGCAACGGGAACUCCGCGGCUUUCCCUUAUAGCAGCGGGUCUCCUUACGGGAGCCAUCUAUCGGAGAGUGAGGAGAUUAUUAAUAAUAACAGUUCGCUGAUGGAGUCGAGUGCUUUCUUGCAACGCGUGCUGGAUAGUAGAGGAGGUGAGGACCAAGAAGCGUUAACGGCAAUGGCUAUAACGGCAGCACGAGCCAUUCACACAAUGCCGAUGGCUCGACAAUACAGUAGACUCACACCCUCACCGAUAACUCAUAACGGUGACCAAACAAACGGUAGCUCAGAGAGGGAACGUGAGGAGGACGAGGAUCAAGUCGAGGAUCUGUCGGUGCAUAGGAAACACGAACCGAUGGAGGUCGAAUCCCGAGUGAUUAUGCCUCCGAUGAACCAAGUGUCCGCCAUCAUGAAGAUGAAAGAGGUGGAGGGUAUCAGUAAGGAGGAUGGACGUAGGGAGAUGCGAGUUGAAGGCGGUGCUGAUUAAAGCGGCAUCAGUUUUAAAGAACUUGUUGGUUGACGUAAGUUUUUGGACUUUUUAGAAAAUCAACCGUGCAAUAUUGAAUGUCUGUGGUUGACGAACCGUACUCAGAGUUGGCUUUAGAUGUAAGUAGGAGGGUGGGGUAAGGGGUUGUAGUCGUUAAGUUCUUAGGGCCGUAGGCCCUGUUUUGAGUGCCUGUUAAGAAGAAGUAGAAAUUUAAUUAUUUUUUUUUUGAGUUGCAUCUUAUGCGGGACCGGACGCUCGCUCGCCGGAUUUUUUGCUACAAAAGUUCCUCUUUGAAAAGGAAACUGAAACUCAUAAGACUGAUAGAAUAUAUUAUGAUUUUGAUUUUUUUAAUUUUUUUUUGAGACUGAUUAUGAGAGCGGUAAGACGGUCUCUGCAUAUGGUGCGGCCAUAAGGUGUUAAUCGUUUCAAGAUAUACGUUUUAGUUUAGAAUCAUUUGUAAGUGUCAGUAUCGUAAAAAAUAAUUGGAACUUCCUAGACAUUUUGCUGAUAUUGGCAACGUUGCAUACGCAAGCGUUACGGCUCGACUAUCUGUCAAAUCUUUAAAUUUUGUGACGUUACCAUGUAGGUAUAUACUCGCAACCUUUAAAGGGGGUUUGACAUGUAGUUAGAAACGCUCUACAGAGGAUGUCAUUUAUUUUGUAUAUUGUUUAAGUAAGAGUUGCUGAUAGGCUUUAAGCCUGCCUUUAAAAGAGUAAUAAAAUUGUACAUAUCAUUAAAUUACUCCUCCCUAGGUAUAUAAAAUAGAAAUUGUACAAUUUAAUAGAAAUUAAAUAUUUGUGAUUGAUAAUGUAUGGAUACAGGAGUUCUAAAGUCAAAAAGUGACUUCUAAAUUUGGCGCUCAUAUUCACAUUACCUGACACAAGUCACAUUUGACAGUUGACACUGUAUUUGACAGGUGGUCCGCGACAAAUCUACAAAUUUUAAGGUUAGGGGUCAAAAAGUGACUGGGUUAUGUACUGGGUGCUCCAUUUAACACAUAAACUCCCUAUAUAUACUAGAAUCCCUAUAUAUACUGUCCUAAUUAAAACGAAAGUUGAGUUCAGGCAUAAAAUAAAUAAGUAAAUAAAAAAUAAGUUGCGUGGCAAUCUUUAAGUAGAUAAAGCACUUUUCAAGUUUCGGCGAGGGGCUCAAAAUUUAUAUACUUACACGCAUAUGUAAUACGCAAGUGCCUAUUGUAUAUAUAUAAGUAUAUAAUAGAGAUGAAUACACUAUAUAUAGCUUUUGCCAUAACUGAUUGUUACCAGAGUUUUCAGGAAGAAAUGUUUUACGUUUAUAUAUUGCGAGUCCAUGACAAAAUGGCGGCCGUCGGCCAUUUUGUUUUAAUGGUGCAGGGUUCAAAGUAAUUACACACUAGUUUUGUCUUACAUAUAUGAUAAACCCAGGAAAGCUCAAUAGUGGAGUUCUAUAUAUACAGAUUGUUACCAAUAAUAGUUUUUUUUUUGUUGAUUUUGUUAAGACUGACUCUUUUUUGUUUGUUUUCUUAUAUGCAGCGGUAUAGUGGACCAAUUAAAUGUUUGUCGUGCCUUUUAUAACUACUUUUAAGUGUUUUAAAGUCUAUAUUAAAGUGUUAACAUUCCAGUUGUUCACAUAAAUAGCGAUUUGAUUGCAACAGUUAAUGUUUCUUACAUAAAAAUUAAGACCCAGGCACUCGCCCAAAAUGAUGUGAAUUUUUUAUAUAAAUAUUAUAUUAUGCCAUUUUAGUUAAGACUGAUUAUUAUUUUGUUAUAUUGUUGUUAUAAUUUAUGAUAUAUGAUAUAGAUCUCUUUGGAAAUCAGCUAGGAUUAUAAUAAUGUAAUUAUGAAUUUUUUAUUUUCUCUUAUCUACCUCAUUGUAUAGUUUAGUUUUUAUUUUUAAUUUGUAUUUGUUUGCAUUUACUCUCUUGUAUAUGUUUGACCAUAUGUUA